AUGGCCAAAGAAGAGGUGAAUUGGCCCAGCCUCUUCCUGGGGGAUUUGGGCACCGCCCUGCCCACCGCCCUGCGGCACCUGGACACGGAGAAAGCCCUUAGCCGAUUGCCCGACGGCUACAAGUCCAGCCUGCCUAGCCUGGCGAAGGCAGUGACCAGCACCCUGGCGCAGCCGGGCGGCUCCGGGCCCAAGACGCUGGCAUUGUCCGCGCUGCUGGCGGCCCUGGACCUGCGGUUUCCGCCGGAGGCGGAGGCGCCGCUGGUAGCAGACCAGGUGGCCCGCGCAGUGCUGGCGCUGAACGCCGGCACGGGCGGCGCCUCCUCCCCGCUGGUGGCGGCUUUGGGCCUGCGGGCCUUGUGCGCGCUGGCGUCGGCGUCCAAGGCACACCAGGGCUCCCGGGAGGAGCGCCAAGAGAAGCAGAGCUGGGCCCGGAAGGUGGUGCCCACCCUGCAGGCGGCGCUGGAGCGGUUCCCCCGGCUGGCGGUGCAGCAGGCGGCGGCGGAGGGGUGCCUGGCGCUGUGCGAGGCCCAGGCCCUCGCCGGAGGCGCCGCAUUGUGGCCGCUGCUGUGGCCGCUGGUGGUCCACCCCAACCGCCGCGUCGCGCGCUGCGCGCAGCUGGCACUGUGCUCCGUGGCGGACGCGGCGCAGGCGCUGCAGGCAGCCUCUGAGGAGCUGGAGCAGCUUUUCGCGGCCAUACGGCCAAAGCUGGGAAUUCCAGGAGGCGCCGGCGUGGCUGGCGCCCAGUGCGUGCGGCUCCUGGAAUUUCUGCAGCUGCUGCUCCUCUACGGGCACCACAGCUCCGAGGGCCAGAGACGACCUGAGCGGGCGGAGCAGGUGGCCCUGCCGUUGGCCAAGCUCAUGGCCACCAUCAGCCUCUUGCUGCGCGCGCGCCAGGAAGGCGCCUUGAUGACAGAGGCCUUGAAGUUGCUGUGCGUCCUGGUGGAGGUGGCAGGGCCGCUGACUUUGGUCUUCGCGGCCCAGAUCCGCGGGCUGCUGGAGCUGCUCACCGAAGCCUCGGCCGCGGGGGCCACGGAGGCCUCGCGCCUGGCGGUCUUCCGCGUGAUUCUGCGGCUGGAGCAGGACGCCCCCGCGCUGGUGCUCAGGAAGGCUUUGCUGGAGCGGCUCUGCAAGUUCGCCCUGGACGCCACGGAUCUUUCGGCGAGGAGUUUGCCCGCGACAGACCAGAAGAAAGCGCCCAGCUCACGGAAGCGCAAGAUGUUGCGGGAGCUGGAAGAGCUCGAAGGCGGCUCCCAGGAGUUUGCUGCCGCUUGCGAGACCUUGGCUAGGCUGGCUGCCAGAGGUGCGCCUUUGCUGAGCCAGUCCCUGGUGGCGGCCAUUUGCGAGCGCGUGGUGGAAGCGGUCUGGUACGGCUGCAGCGGCGAUAGAGGCGGCAAGGCCCUGGACAAGUGCCUGGCCUACCGGAGCGCGUGCCAGGACCCCAAGGCCAAGCUCGCCUUGUUCCACCUCAUGGAGGCCCUGCAGCGCGGCGGAUCGCCUUUGGCGCCGAGCCUGGUGCACGCCUUCGCAGCUCUGAGGCGGAAGCUGCAGGAGACCUGCGAGCGGAACCUGCCGGCGAGCGCCUGCGAGGAACUGUGGGAGCGGUCCGUGCGCGCGCGGCUGGAUCUGGAGAGCAGGAGCCGAGGUCCUGUGGCUUCCGGCGAGGGCAUCGCCAUCGUGUGGCCCGGGUCGGGGCUCGCUGAGCCUGAGCUGCCUUCAGAGGGGGUGCCGACGCUGCCGACGCUGCCGACGCUGCCGACGCUGCCGACGCUGCCGACGCUGCCGACGCCUGAGCCUGAGGUUUGCGAGACGGAGGUGGAGGAUGAGAAAGAUCAAGAGAUGGGACAGCCGGAAGAAAUUGAGGAGAAGCACACAGAGCAAGCAGAGCCGACCGAACAAGAGAAGGAGCAGCAGCCAGCGGAGACCGAGCUGCCGGAGAGUGUCCCGCAGGAAGAGGAGGCGAAGAAGGAUCAGGACCCGGCGGUUCCGGCUCCGGAGGUCAAGGAUCCGGAGACGGAGCCGGCGUCUCGGGCGCAGCCGGAGCCGGCGGCUUCCGCUCCGCCUGAGGUGUUUCGACCGGAGUCGCCGGUUGCAGCGAAGUCAACGUCGGCUUUGAGCUUGGACCUGUCUGGGGAUCCGAUGGAUGUGGAGGACUUCGAGGCCUUCCUCACGCCUUUAGCUGCCCUGGAGGGCGCCCACCUGGACGAACUGGAGGCGACGGAACCGGAAAAUCCCAUGGAGCUGUUCUCGGAGGGAAGCGCUUCCCCUGCCCUGUGCUUGGAUUCCCCCAGCGACGAGGAUUUGGGCGCCGGCCUGGAGACCGCCAGCGCCCAGAUCGGCGUGCAGAUGGGGCGCCUUAGCCACGACACCGCGGCGCUGGGCCAAGGUGUGGCGAGCACGUUGCAGAGGUCCCAGCCGGAGAUUAUCCAAGCCAUAGACAAGGCGUUGGGUUUGGACCACCCAGCGGACGCUCAGAAGAAGGAGGUCCAGCAGCUGGUGAACCAGAACGCGGCGACGGCGGCGGGGAGCUUCGCCUCGGCGGUGAGUAACUUCUCGAAGAUGCUGAGCCAAGGCGAGCGGGCAGUGGGCAGCAACGUGAGCAGCAUCCUUGCCGCGGUGGGCGAUGCCCUGCAGAACGAGAAGCCCAUGGCCGCAGGACAGGAGCCCGCGAAGACGGAGCUGCCUGAGGCGGCGGGCACUGCCAUGAAGGACUUCUCGACGAUGCUCCGCGGUGGGGAGCAAGUUGUGGGCAAGAUGCUGAAACAGCAGCAAUCCGAGCCGAACGGCUUUAACCCCUUGGAUGUCUUCAAGAAGACCUUCGAGCAGGGAGAGUCUGCAGCAUCCGAGGGCAAGAGCCCCUUGGACGUCUUCGGCAACAUGCUUGCGGCUGCAACCCCGCCCCCCAGAUGA